GAUGAACCUUCAUUCAGUCCACGGAGCAUAAAGUGGGUUGUCUUUUUGUAAUGAGAAUGCUUCAACAUUACUACUCCAUUGACAAUACUACUUAACGAAUUGAUUAUCUAGGGCCAUAUAAUCUCAUGCAAUAAUUAAUCUCUUUUAUCUCUAUAAAAACCCAUUUAACUCAUCUUUGAUUUCCACGGCUAAAAGCUACAAAUCAUCAAGUACUCAAAUUGACAUGGCUGUCAUGGUUGCAUUCUUGAAUUUGAUCAUCAUCUUUUCAUUAGUUUCUACAGGCAAGUCACUGAGCUCAAACUACUAUGAAAAAACAUGCCCUGAUCUGGAGUUCAUUGUUGCCAAGGCAGUGGAGGGUGCCACUGCUAGGGACAAAACUGUUCCAGCAGCACUUCUAAGAAUGCACUUCCAUGAUUGUUUCAUUCGGGGGUGUGAUGCCUCUGUGCUGCUAAAUUCAAAAGGAAACAACAAAGCAGAAAAAGAUGGACCACCAAAUUUUUCUUUGCAUGCAUUCUAUGUCAUUGAUGCAGCAAAGAAAGGAGUAGAAGCUUCAUGCCCUGGUGUGGUCUCCUGUGCUGAUAUCCUUGCUCUAGCAGCAAGGGAUGCAGUUUAUCUGUCCGGAGGACCUAGAUGGGAUGUUCCUAAAGGAAGGAAGGAUGGAAGAACAUCUAAGGCGAGUGAAACCAGACAAUUACCAGCGCCAACCUUCAACGUAUCACAACUGCGGCAAAGCUUCUCACAAAGAGGACUGUCAGUGGAUGACCUGGUUGCUCUGUCAGGAGGGCAUACUUUGGGUUUCUCUCACUGCUCAUCUUUCCGGAACAGAAUCCACAGCUUCGAUACUACACACGAUGUGGACCCUUCAUUAAAUCCUUCAUUUGCAGCAAAACUGAAGUCAAUUUGUCCACUAAAAAAUCAAGCAAAAAAUGCAGGCACGACUAUGGACCCUUCAGGAACAACUUUCGAUAAUACAUAUUACAAGUUGAUCCUCCAACAGAAAGGCCUGUUUUCUUCUGAUCAAGCGUUGCUCGAUAGCCCAGACACCAAAUAUCUGGUUAGGAAGUUUGCCACCUCACAAGAGGUAUUUUUUGAGGCUUUUGCCAAGUCCAUGAUCAAAAUGAGUAGCAUCAAUGGUGGGCAGGAGGUUAGAAAAGACUUACCAGAGAAAACGGUUUGGAGUAGCAGAUAAUAAACCAUAUAUCGGUCAUGAAUCUCAUGAUAUUUUUCCUCAAAAGUAAGGGGAGAUUUUGUCACAGAUAUAUGCAACGUAGCUUCAAAGAAGAGGGAACAUUAC